AUGGAAAACAAGAGCUUCUUUAUUCAAUACCUUGACAACCAACCAGUGGAAAUAGAAACCCACUUUAAUGGAGAAGUAGAGAGAAAAAGGCCACUUGAUAAUGUCUCAAAACUAAUUGCAGCAGUCAAACAAGCGCUUCCAUCAAAGCUCGGUACUAUAGAUCUUGACGAGCUGACCCUUCAUUUUGUGCUGGAUGGAGUGGAAAUGACUUACAACUCUUGGAACUCUAUUACUGCUAUUGGAAAUAAUGGAACUACUGGGCUUAACCCUCUUGUCAUUAAAUCCAAGAGUGAUGUAAAUAUGGAUAUUAACUAUGACUGGAGUCAUUUGUCAAGCUUUUUUACUAGGGAGUUUUCCGAUAUUAAUGAGACCAUACAAGUUGUCGAAACAGACCGUCAAGUCAAAUUCAAGUCGAAAGAGUUGCGUCUAUUCUACAGUGACCAAUGGCGUUUGGAGAGCGGUCGUCUGCCAGACAUGCGAUUCCAGGACAUCAAUUUUGAAACGGACAUUCAAAAGCGCGUAGAUUCAUUCAUGGGCGGAAACGAACUCGUUGGUCUGUUAAUAGGACCUACAGGUUGUGGCAAAACCCAUGAGAUUAUCAAUAGGGCAAAAAAGCAAUUCACAAUCUUCAUUGACGCUCGAUCUUACCCAGCUUUAGAUGACUCUGAUGAUGCCUCACUCUUCUCAUUGAAAGAAAGUUUUGAAAGCAUCACUUCAAAAUGGAAAAAACCGAAUCAAAGCCUGCCACAACUCUAUGAUAUUACCUAUGCCUUUCUACUGUCUCGUGUUCUGUUUCUCAAAUAUCUCAAGGAAAAAUAUCCUAACAUAACUCCAGCACAGUUUCUCAUUCAUCAAUUGUUCAACUCAAGAGCCAUCAGACUAUGCUUUCUGAAACUGAAGCUAUUGUCUUUGGACAAGUUGAACGACAUACAUUGCAGCUAUAUUGACGAUGAUUUGCGCUGCCUCUUUUGUUUUGAUCAAGCUCAUGUGUUGGCCGAACAUCUUGGAAGCACGAUUAUCUCGUCAAUGGAGGGAAAUCACAUCCAACAAAACGGAGAUGUGAAUGAAGAUUCAAAAAGAGGAACACUCUCAGUCUUGCUGUAUGUUAUCAAAAAUAAGGAGUUUGCCAAAAAGGUUAUUUUUGCUGGAACAUCAUCAAAACUACGCAACAUUGACAACUUUAAAUCAUUUGGAACGAAACCUGUUGGUCCUCUUAUUCUCAAUGAAUUCAUAACUUGGGACUGUGAAAUGGCGUUGGACUAUGUGACUGCUUUUGUCGAUAUUCAUCCGGAUAUUCUCAAGACUGUUCUUACCGACAACUAUCGACCAAGAAUUUUGGAAAACUUUGUAUAUGACUUGUUCAGUGCUGGAAUCAAUGACAAUGACUCGGCAACGGCACAACGCAUACGACUGAAAAAGCAACAUGCCUUUUCGAAUAUCAAUGAUAUAGUAGAGGAAUCUUACAAUGCGGUAAUUGGUCGAUUCACUCGUAUGUCGAUCGAACCCAUUGCCAGAACCAUCAGGGCUCAUUCACAUACACAGAUUAUGCUAAAGCUUAUUUUAUCAUCAAUGAUGACGACCAAUCAUGGACCAAUAUACUGCCAACUGGACAAGAAUCAAGAAAACUUUUUCAUGAAUACUGUUGGAUCUAUACAUCUCAUUCGUGAAACUGGCGGAUACUUUUUGUCUGAAGGAUAUGUGAUAGACUUGCUUCUCAAUUUAUUCCGAACAGAGUUUCAACAGUUCAAUCUGUUGUCAUCGUUGGAUCUUUUGAGCAGCAUCGCUGGCACAAAAGGUAAAAAAACUACAGCCAAAGGAACACCAUUCGAAGCCGUCAUUUUGGCUGGUAUGAUCCAAAAAAAUGGACCGCAUCUUUCAAACGUCCUAUCUAGUUUUGGUGUUUCGAUUGCUGGUCUUGAUGGUUUACAGUUGCCAACAAUAGAGCGUAAGGCUGGAGAUGGCACAAUCAUAUCCGAUAGACCAACAGGAGUCUUUUUUCGUCCUUCAAACCAGUUUCGACCAGACAUCCUUGCGUUUUUAUCCAAACAAGUCUGCGUGUCAUUUGGAAUCAAGCUAUAUACAUCAAAAAUUCCUUCAGCAGUGUCUGCCGAUAAUCUUGAAUCUACAAAUCCAGACUUUUUCUUUAUUAAAGCAGAUCGGCCAACGAAUAACGAGGCGUAUUUGAAAUGGCAGCAGAGUAUAUCUGAUACCCCGUUAAAGUUUUCAAUAAGGUUCUUGAUUGAGCUGCCUGAACCACUCAGUGCUGUUUCAACUGAAAAUACUUAUAACAGCGUCGAGGGAAACCAAAAUGUCGUUGUUGUCGUUUCAAAGAGCAAUAUGCGCAAUAUUUUAAGCGAGCAGGUUGCGUCGUUUGUUGAAUUCAUUACCAGUUCCUGAUAAUAAAUAUUGAGCUAAUUUGAAUA